CACAAAUUGAUGGCUAUGAAAUGGUGAAUAUGUUUUUAUCAAGUUCACAACCAUUUCCUAAUGAUAAAAAUAAGGUGAUUGAUCAAAAGAAUUUGCGUCCACUUCUGAGCAUUUCAGUGGAAACAUUUCUACAAUCAAGAGUUUGCCUAUAUCUAUGUGGUUCUGGUCUCUCAAUUACAAAUGUAAUGAAAAUCUUACAGUCAAAAGUUUCCAAGUUUUCUUUGGAACCUGAAAGAUUUAUCAACUUUGGCAGAUUUGAUGAUUAUGAAUCAUUUCAAAAAUUUAUAAGAUGUUUUAUUGAGGUUGGGGAGAUUGAUGAUCAUUCAUUAGAAGAUGCAUUUAUCUGGUUACAUGGACGAUUCAGGUUUACAGCAUCAUACUUAGAACUAGUUUUUAGUGGCUUUGAGCAUACUUUAGCAUUAAAAACAAUAAAGCAUAUUAUUGCUGAUAUAGAAAAUGAAGGUCCUGCUCUUUCUGCCACUCUUUUCACCUCUGAUUAUUCUCUCAUUAAACCUCUUAAGGAUCUGAUGGCAAAGAACAAACCUCGACCUGACUAUGUUGAUGGCAUAUCAGUUCUUCAACUAGUAGAAAAAGCUGUGCUUACAAAGUAUUUAACAGCUAUUGUUGAUGAACCACUUGCAGUUGCAGCUGGUUUAAAAUUUUUCAAUGAAAGUAAUGAUGUUGAGAAUUUUGUGAUAAAGCAAAUGACAUUGCAACACUAUAAUCCAUCAAUAUGUGGAUUUCUAUGGGAACAGUACAUUCCACAGAAAUUAAAAGAUUCUAUAUUCAAUGAAAAAACACGAUUAUGUGAACAUCCUCUAUUUAAAGAUAUUAAAGAACUCCCAUAUUUUUAUUCUCUAACAGCAAGAAUUUUUGGUUUCACAAAUGAUGCAUCUUCUUCAGUAUUGUGUCAAAAAAGUAAUUCACAAGUCAAGCUUUAUGACUUUCUCUGUUCAGUUGCUAAGAGAGAGUGUAAUGUUCCAUUUUUCAUUCCUGAUGACUAUGCUGGACCAGAUAUUGUGCUUUUUGUAGAGUUUUCAGAUGGGUCAAUGAUAAUGGUGUUGAUUCAG